AGCGCGCUGGCUUGAGUGCUUUGCAACUGCGGGCAGCCAGGCCAGCUGCUGGGAGGAACCCAGGAGGUCCGAGCCCCAAAUCGGCCCGCGCGCCCUGGGUGCCCCAGCAGGCGGUGGUGUGAGCGCGGGUCCGCUCGCGCCCCCUAGUGCCCAGUGGGCGGGACGGAGGCGGUGACCGGGGGCGGAGCCUCGGGGCUGGGUGCGCGGGGGGUCGCCAAGCCGAGUGGGAGCCAGCGCGAGAGCGGCUGCAGCGGCGGUAUGGCUAGCACGGCCUUGGAGAUCAUCGCCUUCACGGUCUCCAUCUCGGGCUGGGUACUGGUGUCCUCCACACUGCCCACCGACUACUGGAAGGUGUCCACCAUCGAUGGCACUGUCAUCACCACUGCCACCUAUUUUGCCAACCUAUGGAAGAUGUGCGUUACCGAUUCCACCGGUGUCGCCAACUGCAAGGACUUCCCCUCCAUGCUGGCGCUGGAUGGUUAUAUCCAGGCCUGUAGAGGACUCAUGAUUGCUGCCGUCAGCCUGGGCUUUUUUGGGUCCAUUUUUGCGCUCUUUGGAAUGAAGUGUACCAAAGUCGGAGGUUCAGAUAAAGCCAAAGCUAAAAUUGCCUGCUUGGCUGGGAUUGUGUUCAUUUUGUCAGGUCUAUGUUCCAUGACAGGCUGUUCCCUGUAUGCAAACAAAAUCACAACAGAAUUCUUUGAUCCUCUCUUUAUGGAGCAAAAGUAUGAACUGGGAGCUGCUCUCUUCAUUGGAUGGGCAGGAGCCUCUCUCUGCAUCAUUGGAGGUGUCAUAUUUUGCUUUUCAAUAUCUGACAACAACAAAGCACCCAGAAUGGGCUACACAUACAACGGACCCACGUCUGUUAUGUCUUCUCGGACCAAGUAUCAUGGUGGAGAAGGAGAUUUUAAAACCGCAAGCCCUUCCAAACAGUUUGAUAAAAAUGCUUAUGUCUAAGAGAGCUCGUGGCAAGCUGUGUCUUGAGUGUGCUGUGAAAGUGAACUGUUCACACAACGAUCCUUCCAAGGCCCUCCUGUAACUACCGCUUCUGCUUGUUUUUUAAAAUAUGAAUUUGAAGACUGUUGAUUGGACGGAUGUAAACGUUCUUACAGUUAUAUACUAAUCACUUUCUGUUGUGCCUUCUCCCAUAUGGAAAAUAAACAGGUUAUUUACA